AUGCUAGCCAUCGAAGGGGAUGAAUCCGCCGAAAGACCCCUACAUACCGGUGCCGAAACAGGCUUUGGCGACAACGAUGCUAAUAUAGAUUUCCUAGCCCAGCUAGCGAUAGCAGGGAAGAUUAUCGGUGCGGAGAGAACAUUAAAUCGCAUGCAGGGAAUAGCGCUUAGUCUUAUCUGCGAGGCGCUCGACGAACGAACAAACGGCGCUGAUCGGCAAUACCUGCAAUACGUUGGCGGGGGAGGCGGCACUGGAAAGUCGUGGCUUAUCGAUACCGUAAAAGAGGUUUUCGCAGCCAAAGGGGCGUCUAGCCGGCUUGUUAUUAUGGUAACGUCGGGAACGGCCGCAGUAGGUAUCGGCGUACUCGACGAGCAAAAACGGGCUGAAGGGGACGCCUACCUGCUUGGUUUUCUUGAACGCCUGCGAGAGGGCAAGCAGAUAAGAGAGGACGCCGCGAAGCUCGAAGCGCAAUAUAAUAGCGAAUCGAAAUUCGAUUUCACCAGCGGCAGGCGAGCUGUUAUACCUCUAAACCGACACCGGUGGGAUCUGACGUUGCAUGCAGCCUUAGCAUAUAGCGUCGAUACUGGUCGUAAGAUAUCGAUAUAUCUUUCGAAGCAUAAGUGGGAAUCGCGGAUACCUAUAGCAGAGGAGAGAAAAGCAGCCAUGCUAUUAGGCGACGAGGGCAAGCUGAGCGCAGCUGGUAUGUUCCCUUAUGUCGAGGGUAUGCCGGUGGUAAUCAACGAGAACAAGUAUAUAGGUCUCAAGGUUGUCAACGGCGCAGAGUUUACAGCCGUAGGAAUUCUUCAUCCGCCCGGAGUAGAAGAGAUCAUUAUAAACGACAGGCUGUCUAUAUUUCUCGGACCGCCUAGUGCAGCCAAUAUUCGAGUACCAGAAAAGCAUAUCAAAAUACUCCGGCCAGAUCUGCAGAAAGCCAAUGUAAAACUAGCGCUAGUCCGGACAGGGCUCCCAUGCACACCAGGCUUCGCAUUAACCGACUUUAAGGCACAGGGGCGGACACUCGAAAAGACACUGUUAGGGCUUUAUGGGAGAAUAGUAGGUAAGAAUACGGGGGAGCUUGAAAGAUGCGAUGCAGUAAGCAUGUAUGUUCAGCUAUCCCGCGUGCGGCGCUUUGAAGAUAUCGCUCUCAUACAGCCGUUAAACGUAAAGCAGUUCCUAGAGGCGCGCAUGCCGGAGGAGCUAGUCGAAGGAACCAAAAGACUAAGGAUCCUCGCGGAAGCAACAGUCCGGGCGUUCGAGGCUAGGGAGAGAGAUGAAGCAUAG